AUGGCCACCAAAGAUGAGUUCAAGGAUGUGUCCGAGGCACACCCGGUACAGGUGCCUACCAACUCCAGCAGCGACAUUCCUCACGACCAUGCCGAGGAGGAGAUUGUAAAGAAGCCGUGGUGGCAUAGUUUCAAAGAACCCGGCUCAGCUCUUCAAAUCAUCGUAGCCGCCCUGCUCGCUAUCGCCAUCGGCGUGGUCGUCGCUACUCAGGUCGACGAUAUUCCGGAGGCUGCUCCCAUCCUUGUUGGUAUUAUUGGCAACAUGUGGCUAAGAGCCCUCAAGGCAGUUGUCCUUCCCUUGAUUGUCUGCUCUAUGUUGCUUGCUGUGACCAGACUCCGGGAGAUGAGCAACGGGGGUUCCCUUCUCGCGAGAUGGACUGUCGGAUACUACAUCAUCACCACUCUCAUAUCCAUCACACUGUCUUGUAUAAUGAUGGGCCUCGUCUGGACCAAGCAGUACUCAGUGGUCGGCACUACCCCGCUUGAUCAAGAAGAAGAGGAAAAGCUCAAAGAAAAUGAUCGCAGCAUCCCCGUGGUCGUACAGGAUAUGUUCUUCUCUUUGAUCCCCUCGAAUGUGGUCAAGGCAUUGGCCGAAGACGAAUUACUGGCAGUCAUUAUCACUGCCAUCAUCGUCGGAUACCUCAUUGAAUCCCCUCGCUCGCCCAUCGUUCGCGUUACCGAGGAGAUUGAACGUAUGAUCACCAAGAUCAUCAAAUUCCUCAUCGCGGUGGCCCCUAUCGGCGUCUUCUUCCUGAUUUUGCCCAACCUGAUGAAGCUUGACAUUGGCGAGAUCGGCAAGAAUCUGGGUCUUCUCAUCGGAGCCACCCUGUCCACCAUGCUCAUCCACAUCCUGAUCAUCGUGCCUAUCAUAUUCUUCGCCUUCACCAGGAUGAAUGCCUACUCGUACUGGCUCAAGAUCUCGCCUGCCUGGGUCACUGCAUGGGGAACUGCUUCGUCUGCUGCCACUUUGUCGGUCACUCUUCGAUGCGCCAAGGACCGGGGUAUUCCGUCCACCAUCUACAAAUUUACCUGUCCUCUGGGCUGCCUGAUUAACAUGGACGGCACCGCCAUCUAUCUCCCUGCUGCCGUUGUCUUCAUGGCUGCGACGCAAGGCAUUACCCUGGGCCCUGCCGACUAUGUCAUUGUUGCACUGCUGUCAACGCUGGCCUCUAUCGGUGUGUCUCCGAUUCCCUCGGCCUCGCUUGUUCUUUCAAUCAUGAUUGCUCGCUCGGUCAAUGUCGACCUCACCAACAUGUAUGCUGUCAUCGUGGCUAUUGAUUGGUUCCUCGACCGCUUCCGUACCGCUGUCAACGUUUCCGGUGAUUUGUUCGCGUCUAUGAUCAUCUACAAGAUGACCAAGAUCGAGGAUCCGCCUGAGGUUGUGGAGCAGAACGCCCGAGAGGCUGAUGAGAGCGAGAAGGAUGCUUCCAACAAGGUUUAG